ACCCACCGCUAUAUAAAUAACCUCAGCACAUUGCUAAAACCAGUUGGUUGUGUACCAUUAUAUCACGUCAAUAAUCAGUAAAAAUCCUCAGCAUAUUUUGUUGUUGUUUUGAAACAAUGGCUGGUUGUUUGAGAGCUUCCUCAGCUACUUGUAUUUUGGUCCUUUUUGUUGUGUUUGGAAUAUCUUAUGCUGCUAAGGAUAUCUUGGUUGGAGGCAAGGUUGAUGCAUGGAAGGUUCCAUCUUCACCCUCUGAUUCCCUCAACAAAUGGGCUGAGAGGGCUAGGUUUCAAGUCGGAGACCGUCUUGUGUGGAAAUAUGAUGGUGGGAAAGACUCUGUGUUGGAAGUGAACAAAGAGGAUUAUGGGAAUUGCAACACAUCAAAUCCAAUCAAGAAGUUCAAUGGCGGCAACACUAGGGUGGAGCUGGACCACCCUGGACCAUUCUACUUCAUAAGUGGAGCAAAGGGUAGCUGUGAGCAAGGUGAGAAGCUUCAUGUGGUGGUCAUUACUCCAAGGGGUGCACCUGCACCUUCACAGGCACAUACACAUGCACCUUCUCCUGCUCCUUCACCUUCUUCAGGAUUUGAAGAUGAUCAUACACCUGCCCCUGCUGUUGCUCCUUCAAGUGGUGGUGCCAAUGCUUUGGAGUCCGGCAGUCUUAUGACUCUUAUUGGGGUUUUUGCCAUGUGGGUUUUCUAAUGUGAAUCAAUGAAUGGUUGAAUUAUAUCCAAUACAGUAGUUUAAUUGAAAAUCUGUCACAUUGAUGUGAUAUUAUUAGAUUAUUAGUUCUGUAGGGAAGGAAUUGAAAGAUUUAAUUUUUUUCAUAUAUUAUUAUCAUGUUUGCCUUUUCAAAUAUCCUAUAAAAUAUAUUGAUUUUUACUAAA